AUGAGCUUCGUUCAGUUCUUCGAACGAAGGGAGCUUCGUUCACCUCUUCGAACGAAGCUCAAUAUGGAUGAUUCGAGAGUGGCAAAGUGCACCUAUGGUGCUGGAACUUUAAUGCUUAUUUUGUCUUCAACUACUACUUUUGAUUGGUUGUCCAACGAGUUGUGUAGUAGAUUCAAGCUGAAGUUACGUCAUUUUGAGUUGAGGGAUAAGGUUGUAGUGAAUUAUGUUCAAACUGUUAAUACGAACAUAAUUGCUUCUCCUUUUUUGUUGGAGGUUGUUCCUAACAAUUACAGUUUUGCACAAGAUGAGGAUACAUGUAAAUAUUCAAGUCAAACUGGUAGUAUUGUUGAUUCAAGUGCAGCUUCUUCUUCUUGUUUGAGUAUGGAUUUUGAUAGUAUUAGCAGUGAGUAUGGAAAUGAAUAUUUAGGCAAAUAUGGUAGUUGUGGAGGUCGUAAGCAUUUGUCUACUGAUUGGGAGGGUUAUAUUACUCAUGAGGGUCAGAAGUUUGAGGGUGGAGUUUGUGAAUUCCGUGAUAAGUUGGCUAAGUACUCGAUUGAGAAUGGUUUUAAGAUGAAAUAUUUGAAAAAUGAGCCUCGUCGUGUUACUGCUGUGUGUGCUAAGAAGGAAUCAAAUGACUGUGAGUGGCAUGUGCAUGUUGUUAAGUCGAAUGUAAAUGGAUUUUUUUAUAUUAAGAACUUAAAUAAUGCACACAGUUGCAGUGGUUUGAUCCGUGAGAAGAGAAAUAAGGCAAUGGGGUCUCGUUUGGUGUCUUCAAUUGUCAAAGACAAGGUUCGUAGCAAUCCUUUGGUAAGGCCUAUUGAGCUGAUUACUGAUUUGAAGGAGAAUUAUGGAUUGGAUAUCCCUUAUCAUGUUGCGUGGUAUGGGAAGGAGUCGGCUACUAAGGAUUUGCAUGGUGAUGAGGAGUUGUCUUAUGCUCACCUGCCUUGGUAUGUGAAUGUUUUGAAGGCCAGCAAUGUCGGAUCUCAUUGUGUGCUUGACUGUGGCGAGGAUGGUUCUUGUUUCCAGCGGAUCUUUAUAUGUUUUAAGGCCUCCAUUGAUGUUUUUCGGUGGUGUAGGCCUAUGCUGUUCAUUGAUGGUACUUUCGUCACAAACAAGUACAAGGAAGUAUACCUUUUUGCCUUUGCGAUUGUAUCCGGUGAAACUGUGGAUAAUUGGAGGUGGUUUCUCCAAAGGAUAUAUGAAGUCUUGGUGGAUGAAGGUAGGCAACUUACAUUCAUUUCUGAUAGGCAUGGUGCUAUUAUCGAUGCUUUUUUGGCUAAUCUCCCUGUCCAAAAUUUUGCUAAUGCAUUUUUUCCGGGAAAGAGGUAUGGGGAGGUUAGUAAUGUCUUGUUCGAGUCGUUUAAUUCAUGGGUUAAGGAUGUGCGUAUGCUUCCAAUUUAUGAGAUGAUUGACACUGUUAGGAUCAAAAUGAUGGAGAUGAUUUCUAGAAGGAAGCUUGCAUCCGAGAAAUGGAGUAGUGUUUUGUGUCCUGUUAUUGAGGAUGAGUUGAAGAAUUUAGCUGCAAAGGGUCGUCAUUGGAGGAUAUGUCGCGCGAGUGAAUCUAUUUUGGAAGUUCAUGCUGAUUUGAGUGUUAUGGUCAAUUUGGACGAGAGGUUUUGCUCCUGUUAUCAGUGGCAAUUGCUUGGGUUUCCGUGUCAGCAUGCGAUUCAAGUUAUCCAAUAUUCCGGGUUAUGUUUGUACAACUUUGUGGAUGAGUAUUACAAGGCAGAUUUUUAUAGGGCUACUUAUGCAACCCCUAUAUUUCCCAUACCUGAUAUUGAGAAGCCUCCUCUUGGAGAUGUUUUUCUUCUACCUCCUCAUACAAGAAAGUCUCCGGGACGACCUCCGACAAAGCGCUUCAAGUCAAGCAAUGAAACUAAAAGGCAGGUGAAGUGCAAGAGAUGCUGUUCUUGUUAUCGUCAUAAUAGAAGGACUUGCAAGGUUCCUAUUUGA